CCCUGCCGCCGCGGUCCCCGGAGACCCCGCGCCGCGGCCGGCGACCGCCACCAGCUCUGCCGAGCGGCGGCUCCACGAGCUCUCCACCCAUCCCGUUCUCCCGCUAGGGUUUUCCCCGAUCCCCAAUCUCUGCAGAGUUUACAAUGGCUUCAUCACAACAUGUUGAAGUGGAGGCUGCGAAGCUACUUCAGAAGCUCAUUCAGGAGUCCAAGGAUGAGCCCGCCAAAUUAGCAACUAAACUUUAUGUGAUAUGUCAACAUAUGAAGUUAAGUGGAAAAGAGCAGUCUUUGCCAUAUCAGGUCAUAUCUAGGGCCAUGGAGACUGUUGUAAACCAACAUGGAAUUGAUAUGGACGCACUGCGAUCAUCACGAGUUCCAUUUGCUGGCGGUCCGCAAGCAGUAGAUUCUAGCGGUGUUCUGUCAAAGGACAAGGAGAUCAUUGGUAGUCAGUCUCCCAUGGUUGGAAGUGAUGCAUCCCAGGGUAGCGGGCAAGCUGCACCAUGGCAGUUUCCAUCAGGGAGGGUUCCAACAGGACAAAAUAGAGGCGAUGUCGCAGGAUCUGAUAUUCAUCAAGGCUCCAUGUCGCAAAAGAGUGGUAGGUCCUCUGGAAUUGAAAGCCCAGCAAGUCUGCAAAUGGAGGACACUAGAUCUAUGAACUCGCAUGAUUCUUUGAAAUCUGAUGAAAAAACAAGCAAGAAAGCUUCCUCAUCCAAGCGAAAAAGGAUGGAUUCAAAAGCAACAGGGGAUAUGCAAUCUGAAGACAACUCAAAAUCAGAUGCUAUCUCUAGUGGACAAAAUAUUAGAAAAAAGAAACAACUUGGCAAAGGUGGUACACAAGGCCAGCCUUCCAAGGGAGUCGAGCCUGAGCAAUCACAUUUACUGCACGGUGCUACUGCUCAGGUGCCACCCUUACCUGGUGGUGCAUCUUUUAUCAGGGCUCACCAGGAAAGUUCACCAGCUUCUGCUAGGAGGAGUAUUGACAGUACUAAACCAUCAAAUCCAUUCGCAAUGUCACAAGUUCCAAAUUUUGCUGAAGGGCUGGCUUCUGGUAGUAUCCCCGCCGAGUUGCAAAAAAGUAUACUGGGAGGUGCAAAUAUGUUUAAUUCUGGUUUUGGCUGGAACCAAAAUCCACAAGGUUCAGUCAUUAAGAACACUCAAGGGCCUGUUGCCACCUUAAUGCGGCCAGGAGUUAAUGUGGAAGGGAAAAUUAAUGUAGGGUUACAAGGAGCUUUUAACCCUACUCCUGCAUCACAAAUGGAUUUCCCCGCUAUCUCUCCUUACAUGUCUUCAUCCUUUGGAGGUGGCUCACAGUUUCUGGACAAGGGCAAGGACUUGGCUUCUGGAAAUACUGGCACUGAACUUCAUUCUGCUGCUAAAGUUGGAGUUAAUAUGGGUAUCACACAUGGCAGUCCAAUGCAAGAAAGGCAAUAUAUUAACAGAGCACCACCGAGGGUAGAAUCAUCUUCGCAAGAAGGCAGACUGUCUUCACUCCCAAAUAGAAAUGUUGGGCCAUAUCAAACAUCUCGCAUCUCUCCAAACACGCCAUUCAAAGAACAACAGUUAAAGCAGCUCAGAGCACAGUGCUUAGUAUUUCUUGCAUUCAGAAACAAUAUGCCACCUAGAAAGGUGCAUCUUGAAAUUGCCUUAGGUAUAUGCCCCCCUGCAGAAGGUGGUGGCAUAGGUCAGAGAGGCAAUGAGAGCAGAGUAGCUGAUGGUUCUGCAAGGGAAAAUGGAAACAGUCAGGAAAUCUCUGCUACUUUUGGUAGCCAAAGUGAUCUGUCUAGACUUCCAUCCACAUCUGCAGGCAGUAUUGCAGAGGCUGAUUCCUCAAUGAAGGACUCAGAAAUUAUUAAAAAGGAGAUCAACAUAGCUGAACAUGAGAAGUCAUCAACAGAAGGAGAAAAUAUCCAGCACACUGUCGCACAUGGACCCGGUUCUGGUUCCGUAAUGCGUCCCCAAGAAAUAGUAUCUCCCGUGCCAUCUGGACCACAACAGUCAUACUUCCAGGGAGAUAAAAGAAGAAAUAUCCCUGAAAUCCACAGGACUGAUGAAGAAAAUUUGAACAGCAAUUUUAGUUCCGGAGCCCAGGGACCAUCUUCUUUGGGUGGUAAUAGACAACAUCCAAAUUUGGAAGCUGCCUUUUUGCCCAAAGAUCGAUUACAGGAUGAAGCAUCUAAACAAUCAUUUCCACCUCCGAGGCUUCAUCAUAUGCCUGAUGGUUACAACUCCAAUUUAUUAGGAAAGGAUCAAACUCCAGAAACAGACAGAAAUGGGGUCGAACAGGGUAUUCACAUGGGGGAGAUAUCUGAUCGAUCUGCCGAUGAAGGAGAUGAUGAUCUCUCUGAGCAUGAUGGUUUUGCAUCAACUCCUCCAAAGUACACUGUAACUGAGAAAUGGAUCUUGGAUUAUCAAAAGAGAAAAUAUGAAGAAAAUGAAAAAAAAGUAUUAGGGCAGCAGAAGGUGCACAAAAGGAUGGCAGCAUCCUAUCACAAGCUAAAGGAAAAUGUCAGUUCAUCUGGAGAUCUUACUGCGAAGACAAAGAGCGUCAUUGAAUUGAAAAAGCUUCAACUUCUCGCACUUCAGCGUCGUGUGCGCAGUGAUUUCUUGUUAGACUUCUUCAAGCCUAACACAGCUGAGUUGGAGCGUGUAAAAGCAGUAAAGAAGCACCGGCAUGGACGCCGUGUGAAGCAGCUUGAAAAAAUUGAACAGAAAAUGAAGGAGGAAAGGCAAAAAAGAAUACGCGAGAGACAAAAAGAGUUCUUUGCUGAUAUAGAGUCUCACAGAGAAAAACUGGAGGAUAGUUUCAAGGCUAAAAGAGAGCGUCUAAAGGGUUUCAAUCGAUAUGUAAAAGAGUUCCAUAAGAGGAAAGAGCGAAUUCAUCGGGAGAAGCUGGAUAGGAUCCAGAGGGAAAAAAUUAACUUGCUUAAGAACAAUGAUGUUGAAGGGUAUCUUAGGAUGGUCAAGGAUGCAAAAUCUGACCGUGUUAAGCAACUACUGCGAGAAACUGAGAAAUAUCUACAGAAGCUUGGCGCCAAACUACGGGGUGACAGCUCCAUGGAUGGUCGUUCCUAUGUUUCUGGUAAGAGCGUCACUGCAAAUGAUGUUGAAGAUGAGAACUACCAGCCACAGAAUUAUCUUGAGAGCAAUGAGAAGUACUAUCAGUUGGCCCACAGUGUAAAGGAGAUUGUAAAUGACCAGCCUUCUUAUCUUCAGGGUGGGACAUUGCGGGAGUACCAGAUGAACGGUUUGCGUUGGCUUGUUUCGCUGUACAAUAAUAAUUUGAAUGGAAUUUUAGCUGAUGAGAUGGGGCUUGGUAAAACAGUUCAGGUAAUCUCUUUGCUGUGCUAUCUUAUGGAAACGAAAAAUGACCGGGGUCCAUUUCUCGUGGUGGUACCAUCAUCUGUUCUUUCUGGAUGGAUAUCUGAACUCAACUUCUGGGCACCUAGUAUAAACAAAGUUGCUUAUUUUGGUCCUCCAGAAGAAAGGCGCAGAUUGUUCAAGGAGAUGAUUGUUCAACAGAAGUUCAAUGUUCUUCUGACAACAUAUGAGUACUUGAUGAACAAACAUGAUAGGCCAAAACUAAGUAAAAUACAGUGGCACUAUAUAAUAAUUGAUGAAGGGCACCGCAUAAAGAAUGCGUCUUGUAAGCUCAACGCUGAUCUGAAGCUUUAUCGGAGUUCCCAUCGGAUAUUGUUAACAGGAACACCUCUGCAGAAUAAUCUUGAGGAGCUCUGGGCACUUUUGAACUUUCUUUUACCCAAUAUAUUUAACUCAUCAGAAGACUUCUCUCAGUGGUUUAACAAACCAUUUGAAAGCAAUGCUGAUAACUCAGCAGAUGAGGCCUUACUUUCAGAGGAGGAAAACUUGCUGAUCAUAAACCGCCUUCACCAAGUUCUUCGGCCCUUUGUACUCCGAAGACUUAAGCAUAAGGUUGAAAGUGAAUUGCCAGGGAAGAUUGAAAGACUUGUAAGGUGUGAGGCAUCAGCUUAUCAGAAACUUCUGAUUACAAGGGUGGAGGACAACCUUGGUGGAAUUGGAGCAGUUAAGGUCCGCUCGGUGCACAACUCUGUCAUGGAAAUGAGGAACAUAUGCAACCAUCCAUACCUUAGCCAGCUUCAUGUUGAGGAGAUUGAGGGUUAUCUGCCUAGGCACUACUUGCCAUCUAUUGUGAGGCUGUGUGGAAAACUUGAGAUGCUGGACAGAUUGCUACCCAAACUCAAGGCUACUGGCCAUAGGGUUCUACUCUUUUCUACAAUGACAAGAUUGCUAGAUGUAAUGGAGGAUUAUCUGGUAUGGAAAAAGUACAAGUACCUUCGAUUAGAUGGACACACAUCUGGGCAUGAAAGGGGAGCUCUUAUUGAUAAAUUUAAUGAUCCUAAUUCUCCAGCUUUCAUUUUUCUACUAAGUAUCCGAGCAGGAGGUGUUGGUGUCAAUCUCCAAGCAGCUGAUACCGUCAUCAUAUUUGACACUGAUUGGAAUCCUCAGGUUGACCUGCAAGCACAGGCUAGAGCCCACAGAAUUGGUCAAAAGAAGGAGGUUCUUGUCUUACGUUUAGAAACAGUACGAACUGUAGAAGAGCAAGUCAGGGCUUCAGCAGAACAUAAAUUAGGUGUUGCUAAUCAGAGUAUAACUGCUGGAUUUUUUGACAACAAUACAAGUGCUGAAGAUCGGAAGGAGUAUCUCGAGUCACUCCUACGUGAGUGUAAAAAGGAAGAAUCAGCUCCAGUGUUAGAUGAUGAUGCUCUAAAUAAUAUUCUUGCCCGCAGCGAAGACGAGAUUGACAUAUUUGAAGCUAUUGACAAGCAAAGACUAGAUGAAGAAACGGCGGUAUGGCUAAAGGUUGUUCAAGAUGGUUCAGUUAGUGGACUAGACCCCUCAGUAAUGCCCUCCCGUCUUGUGUCGGAUGAUGAUCUCAAGUCCUUCUGCCAUGCUAUGAAGAUCUACGAGUCGUCAAACGUGAAAAGUGUGAAGGUAAAUGUGAGGAGGAAGGGCGAGCUUGGUGGGCUUGAUACAAAGCAUUAUGGAAGGGGAAAACGUGCUCGUGAGGUCCGAUCUUAUGAGGAUCAAUGGACUGAAGAAGAAUUUGAGAAACUUUGUCAGGCUGAAACUCCUGAUUCGCCUCAACCUGGCAAUGUAUUGAAGGAUUUAGAUAUCUCUAAAGUGAGUAAGUUGGAAGUACCUGCAGAAAGUUCAAUAGAUCCAGUCGAAGCCAAAAUAGAUCCAGUCGAAGCCAAAAUAGAUCCAGUCGAAGCCAAAAUAGAUCCAGUUGAAGCCAAAAUGGACCCAGUCCCAGCUGUUCCAGACUCUUCACCAGCUAAGCGCCGAAGAGGUAGACCUAAAAGGUCAGACGUUUCAGUAUCUCCUGUUACGUCCCCAGCAAAGGCUGUCCGACAAGAGGCAGGAUCUACAUUCAGCAGUUCCGCACCAGCAAGUACCAUUGAUUCUUCAGCACCAACUGCUACCAUCAAUUCUUCUGGCCCAGAUGUUACCAUCCAUUCUGCUCAACCAGUCAGUGCUAUCCGACAAGAGAUUGGUACGGAAUUUCAGGGUACUGCUUUUGUUUCUGCUGUCCCAACUGCUACCAUGAAACCCGAGAUUGGUACUGAAGUUAAGGACUGUGUUGUUUUGGAAGGGUCUAUAGCAAGGGCGGCUGCUACAUCUGUAGAGAGUGGUCACGACAUGGUAGCUGCUAGCGUAUCAUCUCAUCCACCAGCUCCUCCUGCAUCAAGAGGCAGAAAGACACAAGCAGGUGAAAUCCCUCGCAGAAGAGGCCGAAGACCGAAAUCUCUCACCUCAUCUAGUGCUGUUGAUGUUAGUGCAAUCCCUGUGGUUGCAAUUAGUAGUGGAGCUAGUUCUGUUGAUUCUCCAUACCCUCAAGGAGCUAUGUCCUCAGCACAUGCAAGUGGUGUAUCAAGUUUUCAGAAGGAUAUGGUCACAGAUAGGCCUGUUACAUUGUUGCCACAAGGAGUUAAGGGCAUCGCCACCCCUGAAGGUAUCCCACGUGCUGCGGAAGAUAUACACGCUGCAAUUGCGGUGACUUCAGAAAAUGCAAGCUCACUGCCGCCAAAGAUCGUUCACAAUGAAAAUAUUGGAUCUGUUCAAGCAAGCUCUGAGCAAGUUCCUUCUGCAUCACUUAAUAUGCCUGUGGUUUCAGCUGGAAUAUUGAAAGCAUCACAUGUUCUGUUAGCGGAUAAGCCUGCUGAGAAGCAAGGUGCUUCACGUCGUCGCAGAAAGAAAGAGUCUGGAAGUGAGGAUACUGGAGUAAGCACUCGGCAAAGAUCAGCUAUGAAGAAAUCUUAUGGUACUCCUGGUGCCACUCCCAAUGUUGGUGCUGACAUUAGCACAGCUGACGAGCUAAGAAUAGUGAAGGGAAGAGAUGGCAGUUCACUUCAAGACACUUCCAAGGAAUUACUAGAUAUGAACUCUUCUCCAUAUGACAAGUCUGGAUACGACUCUCAACCAAGAACACCUAUAGCAGUUCCCAUUAGUGAAGCUACACUUCCUGGUGGUUUUGAUGAUGCCCAUAUUGAACAUUCUGAUAUAAAUCCUAGGAUAUCCACCAAUUCUAAUGUCCAAGAUAAACCAGUAAAGCUACCUUUAGGAGCACAUCCCGCCGUAGCCGCACAAGCUCAAGUGCCAUGUAAAACAGGAAACGACCAUGUUGCAGCGUAUUCUGAGGUCACUACUAUUCAUUCUGGAACGGUGACUGACAAAUCAUUGCUAAAUCCUGUUAGUGAAUCCUCAAAUGUUCAAUUUGAACCACCUGAUUCUUCACUUCAUUCAGUUAAGGGCGUCAAUGCAGUGCCUUUAGACGUUUCUAGUGUUGCUCCUAAUAAGGCACCGGGCAGGAGGAGGAAAGGGUCUGCCUGCGAACCACGCACCAGAAGUAAAUCUGCAACAGCUGCAUGUGAACGGCGUGCUCGACUAGCUGGAUCAAAGCAGACAGGCGAUGCGAAAAAUUUAGAAAUAUUGGCAAACCCAAGCACAACGGUUUCUGUUUCUUCAGUUGAGCAACAGGGAACAGCCCCAGCAGAGCUUCUCAUCUCUUCUGUCUGUCAAGAACAGAAGAAGGGUGCUUCUGUCGAUGUGACUAGUUGUAAGCAAGAUACUAUGAUAGUUGAAGCACUGCAGACUGAUGAUAUUUCUGGAGGCUCUGCUAGUCACCUGCAUGCUGCUUUACAAGGGAGUUCAGAGAACAGUUGCUCACAAAAUCUGUUGGCAUCUGGGAACAAAACAGAGGAAAUGGAAGGAACUCUGGAUAAGAAUCAGGAGAAAAAGAUCACCCAGAAACAGAAAAGAAAGACUCUACUAUGUUGAUGUUAGCAGACCGCCAAACCCCUUUUGAUGCCUCAGAUAAGGAUACUAAGGACACUCUUGCUCCCACAGAAGCUGAUGCCAGUGAUCUGCAUAGUGACGUUGCUUCUG